AUAUCAAUGAAAAAAAAGAAAGAUUGAAUACAAUAGUUGAAUAACAAUGACUCAUAAAUCUAAUCAUGAAGAUUUUGUUCAGACAUCGAAGAGGUAGACUAGGAUAUCUUGGAGAAGCUCAACACACACAUGUUGUACAUAAUUAAAAAGUUUUAUUAAAAACUGAUGAAGUCUGUUCAAUAAAGCUACUUCUCUCAUGAUGGCUUUUCGUCAGUUGUUUAUUCAUGUUUUUUCUUCUGAGUAGGCGAAGGGUUGUUUUCGAAAAAGUAAACAUGUAGUAUGAGGUGUCAUAGCUACGAAUUUCGAAAGAGCGAAAUAAAGCUUUUGAAGGGUACGAUCUGUAUGCUGGAUAAAUUAUUGGUUUUUGCAUUAAAAAAAAUAACGUAUAUUUGGCUUAAUUUGAAUUCAGGUGUCAAUCAUUUAAAGUAGACAUUGUCAUGUAUAACAUCAUCCAAAUAAUAUCCGAUCGGGACUGGGUGCGGAUGUGGGGUGGCCAGGGUCUGGCUAUAGGUGUGGGUGUGGGUGUGGGUGUAUGGAUGUGGGUGUGUGGGUAUGGGUGUAUGGAUGUGGGUGUGCGGGUGUGGGUGGCUUUGGGUGUCUUGGAGAGGUCCAACACUCACAUCCACAUCCACACCCACACACAAACACAAAAGCUGACAUAAGUUGGUAUCAACUUCACACCGGCUUAUGCCGGCGUUUGCAAGUUACCGAUGAAUCGGUUAUAUUCCUCUUGUGGUAUGCAUUGCUUUGCUGACAGGUCAAUCUAUUAUCAACAGCUGUAUUGAUUCCCUCGUCAAUAAAAAAGCUAUGAAACGAAAAACGAGAGAAAUAACAUUUUCUCUCUAUUCGCUGAAAAUCGCAUUUCGUCACUGAUAACAUUAAUGUUGUGUGCUGACAAGCCAUGAGAAAAAAAUCGAUAAGAAACAUCUGCAUUAGUUAUAAGUUCGUUCAGCACGAAUAAAUAGCAAGGUUGAAAUUACAGUACAGCACGCUUAAGUUAUCUUUCAUCUCAAUAUGGCUGGCAAUCAAUUGCUUGUGAUGUUACUGACCGUGGUCGUAGUCUUGACUGA